AUGACCUCUCGGGCAGCGCUAGACUUGACCUACGUGUUGUACGAUGACUCUUCGACGACGUCGUAUAUACUGGCUUUACUGACGCUGAGCCCCAUUUUGCUGAAUCCGGCUUAUGCCGUCUUGACAGUGUGGACGCGCGAACUCGUAUUCUUGGAGAUGUGGGCGGGACAAAUGCUCUGUGAGGCUUUUAACUGGGCGUUGAAACACAUAGUCCGGGAAGAGCGUCCAAACCAUGACUUGGGCGAUGGCUACGGUUUUCCGUCUUCGCACAGCCAGUGGAUGGGAUACUUCCUCAGCUUCCUCAUCCUCCACUUCUCGCUACGUCACCGCUUCGUGCCCACCGGCUCCAAGGUGCUCAACUGGGCGCGCGAUAUCUUCCUUUUCACGUUCAUCACCUCAUGGUCCGUAGGAGUGGCAUACUCUAGAUACUACCUCUCAUACCACACCCCCAAGCAAGUGCUCUAUGGCUUCAGCAUCGGCGUCACGUUCGGUACAUUCUACUACCUCCUCACCGAGUUCGUCCCCGUCCGCUUCCCAAACUCUCCUCUAGGCCGUUUCCGGACCGCGCUCCUUACGAACCCCCUGAGCACAUGGUUCCGUCUGCGGGACGGCUGGUCGGUCUGGUCGGAUGCUGGUACCGAAGCGCAGUACCUGGUAUGGCGGAAGGAAUGGGACAGGAAAAGGCUGGCAGCUAAGGAGGAUUAA